AGACAAAACUAGCCCGGUAUUUCAACGGUUAUUUAUUAUUUGCUCCCUUAGACUAUUCUUCUUCUCUAUUUCUCCUCCUCCUUUUUCUUGGUCUGUUGUGAACUCCUCCUCCUUUUUCUUGGUCUGUUGUGGAAUUCCAUUUCCAUGACAUUUUGGUAAAACCCCAUCUCUUGUUUCUUUUCCUCACUCAGGAGGUGGAAGAGAAAGAAAAACACGGACAGGCUCUGAUUUUCCUCUGUAAUUCACAAGCAGGGUUGAAGGAGAUUUUUUACCAUGUUUUCUUGGAGGAGUAAUUCUCAGCAUGACCAAGAGAAUGAUUUGCUACAUUCUGAGUCCAAGGUCAAGGAGCUUAGGGCUGCACUUGGACCGCUAUCUGGACGCAGUUUGCAGUACUGCUCUGAUGCAUGCUUGAGAAGAUACUUGGAAGCUCGAAACUGGAAUGUAGGCAAAUCAAAGGAAAUGCUUGAAGAGACGCUCAAAUGGAGAUCAACCUAUAAGCCGGAGGAUAUACGUUGGCAUGAAGUUGCAGUUGAAGGUGAGACUGGGAAAGUGUACAGAGCGGGUUUUCAUGACCGUCAUGGUAGGACUGUUCUCAUUUUGCGACCAGGAAUGCAGAACACAGCAUCACUGGACAAUCAGAUUCGGCAUUUGGUGUAUAUGAUAGAGAAUGCCAUCCUAAAUCUUCCAGAGGAUCAAGAACAGAUGGCCUGGUUGAUAGACUUCACUGGAUGGACGUUGAGCACAUCUGUUCCUGUCAAAUCAGCCCGAGAUAGCAUCAACAUUUUACAGAAUCACUACCCUGAGAGACUGUCCGUGGCAUUUCUCUACAAUCCCCCAAGGAUUUUUGAAGCAUUUUGGAAGAUUGUUAAGUAUUUCUUGGAUGCUAAAACCUUUCAGAAAGUGAAGUUUGUAUAUCCAAAGAACAAAGACAGUGUGGAGCUGAUGAAAUCAUAUUUUGAUGAGGAAAAUCUUCCAAUAGAAUUUGGAGGGAAAGCUAUAUUGCAGUACAACCAUGAAGAAUUCUCCAAGAUGAUGGUACAGGAUGAUGUGAAAUCCGCCAACUUGUGGGGGUCCGAUGACAAACUCCAAAGUAUUGGUAACGGGCAUUCUGGGGCUGAGGUGGCUCCAGAACCAGCCUGCCAUGCUGCUCCAGCCAGCUGAGUGACUUCCUUCCCCUUUAACUUCUGGCAAUAAGUUAACAGUCUUAGAUCUUACUAAUGUGAGAUGGUCACCCUGAAAAGUGACCAUUUCCUAAACUAACAGAAGCUGUUAUCGAUCUUCCUCUUUUCCCCUAUAAUGUACUUAAACUGCUCAUCAAUCUGCAGACAUCUCUAAUGAAUAGAAGAUAGGUUCAUAA